UACAUUAUGACGUAGGCGCCGUGACGUCAGCCGGCUGUCAUGGCGCUGUCCUGUCCUGCUGUGUUUACCCGCCUGUCUCUGCUCCGGCUGAGUGUUUCCCGAGUGAACCCUCUCAGCAGCGCACUUUACUCCCACCAGCUUUCCUCCCCUCAGCGUUACGCCACUCUGGUUCCUCCUCUCUGCAGGUGGUCCUUGUGCAGGAGGUUCUCCUCUUCCGGGGUCCGGCCAGGCUUGGGUCGUUACUGGUCCAAGCUCCAGAGCAUCAACAGCCGAUAUGAACGCUUCCUCCAGAAGAGAUUCCCGCGCUUCUACGUGCUGUACCACACCUUUGUGGAGGGGUUCAAACUGUUGUUCCGAGAUGCUAAAGAGGUGAGCAGAAUCAAGGCCAUGGCGAGAGCGCGGGGCCUGGCCUUCCAGGACCUGACGUACAGAGAGAUGGAGACGCUGCGUCAGUUCCGCAGAGACGUGAUCAAAGCUGUCCCGCUGGUCCUCAUCUCCAUCCCCCCCUUCGCCAACUACCUGGUGUUUGUGCUGAUGUACCUCUUCCCCAGGCAGCUGCUCAUCCCACACUUCUGGACACCCUCGCAGCGGCUGGAGUUCCGGAGGGUCUAUCAGUCUCUGCGGAGGCAGCAUCACCGCCCCCUGCUGGACCAGCUUCACAACAGCAGCCGCCAUGUACGAGACCCCCAGAUGAAGAGACGGCUGCAGCAGCUGUGCAGCAAGGCCCAGGCUGGAACCAGGCCUCAAGCCUCGGAGGUCCUGGCCGUGCGCAGCCUCUUCUCCGGACCACCUCUGGGCAUCGGCAGGCUGUCUGCGGAUCAGAUGAGGCUGAUGAGCCAGCUGCUCUUCCUGACGCCCCGCCUUCCCAGCUUCCUGCUGGGCCACCGCCUCGACAGUCACGGCCGCGAGCUGCUCCAGCUGGACCGAGCGCUGAGCCGGCUCGGCAUCCAGAACCUGAGCCAGUCUGAGCUGCAGCAGGCGUGUUUCCUGAGAGGCCUCAACGCCGACCAGCUCUCCGUGGACCAGAGCCGGGCCUGGCUGCACCAGUGGCUGGAGGUGUCCACGGUGCUUAAAGACGCUGAGGUGUCGCUGCUGCUGCACAACAUGCUCUUCUUCUCUCUGAACAAACGCCUCCAGUGAGCCGAGCUCCAGCUGGGCGGGACCAGGCUGCUGCCUCAUCACACCAGCCGCUGCACUGAGCAACACUUGAAGAUUUAUUUAUUUUACCCCCAGACACCACCAACCACCAUCACCCGGACAAGCACGCGGCAAGUCACUUCACUCUCUGGACGUGAAGUGGCUUCUUCUCAUCAGCUCAUUCAUUCAGUACUUAUUUAAAGUGAGAUGGGAUUUAUAUAUAUAUAUAUAUAUAUAUAUAUAUAUAUAUAACAGAAUUAAAAGUCAAAAGCUUCUCUUGAAUUAAAGAGGAAAAACCUUAAGCGCAAGUUAUAUAUAGAAAAGCUUGUAAUUCAUUUCAAUAGUGAGGAUUCCUGCAGUCCCUGAAUGCAGCACGAUGCCAAACAGAACGUUGUUUUCUUGGCACUUGAGUUUACGCUACGCAGAGCGACAGCAUGACGCACACGCCACUGACUUUUCUAUUUUUUUAUUGAUAUGAUUUGCGGUUGUUCUGAAUCAUGUUUACCGUGUGGAAUAAAGUAAAAAGUGUUGUACCGGCGGGUCGUUCAUUAAAAACAGAAGCAGC